ACCAAAGCAGCGAGGGCGCGCACCAUGGCUCUUUACAACCCUAUACCCCACCGGCAGAACUGCCUCACCGUCAACAGGUCACUCUUUAUAUUCGCCGAGGACAAUUUAAUUCGGAAAACUGCCAAGAGGAUCAUAGAAUGGCCACCGUUUGAGUGGGUGAUCCUGGCGACCAUCACGGCCAACUGCAUCGUUCUGGCCCUGGAGCAACAUCUUCCUGGGGAGGACAAGACUCCCAUGGCCAAAAGACUGGAGUGUACUGAGCCUUACUUCAUCGGGAUCUUCUGCUUUGAGUUUGGAAUCAAGCUGGUGGCACUUGGCUUUGUGUUCCAUAAAGGCUCCUACCUGAGGAAUGGAUGGAAUAUCAUGGACUUUAUCGUCGUGGUCAGCGGAAUACUGGCAACAGCAGGGGCCCACAUGAACAUACCAGUGGAUCUGCGGACCCUGAGGGCGGUGAGAGUCCUGAGGCCCCUUAAAUUGGUCUCUGGGAUCCCCAGCUUGCAGAUCGUGCUGAAGUCCAUCAUGAAGGCCAUGGUGCCCCUGCUCCAGAUCGGUUUGCUCUUGUUCUUCGCCAUUCUUAUGUUCGCCAUCAUCGGCCUGGAGUUCUACAGUGGGAAGCUCCACCACACCUGUCUACCUACUGCUGACAUCCUGGAAAAUGAGACGAUGGAUACGACCGAGGUGGAGUUUGCGUGUGGGGUGAGGAAGUGUCCGGAGAAGUAUGACUGCAUCGGGUCAUGGAUCGGCCCCAACAACGGCAUCACCCAGUUUGACAACAUCCUGUUCGCUGUGCUCACUGUCUUCCAGUGCAUCACCAUGGAGGGAUGGACAGCUGUACUCUACAAUACCAACGAUGCCUUGGGCUCUAUGUGGAAUUGGAUGUACUUUAUCCCUCUCAUCAUCAUUGGCUCAUUCUUCGUACUCAACCUGGUGUUGGGAGUCCUCUCUGGGGAGUUUGCCAAAGAGAGGGAGCGGGUGGAGAACAGGAGAGCCUUCAUGAAGCUGAGACGUCAACAGCAGGUGGAGAGAGAACUCAAUGGAUACAGAGCCUGGAUAGACCGAGCAGAGGAGGUGAUGCUGGCUGAGGAGAACAAGAGUUCAGGGAGAUCUGCUUUAGAUGUGCUGAAGCGGGCCACCAGUAAAAAUGCUAAGCAUAGAGGAGGUCCUGGGGAUGCAGAGAUCUCCACUAUAGGAGCACCUCGUAUGCGGAUCCGGACAGUGCGGCGUGGCCCGGUAGCGUAUAUACGUCGUAAGGAGCGUAUGCUGCGUAUCUCCCUGCGGCGCAUGGUGAAGACUGACACCUUCUACUGGACCGUCCUCAGCCUGGUGGCUCUCAACACCAUCUGUGUGGCCAUCGUACAUCAUAACCAGCCCGAAUGGCUCUCCACCUUCUUGUACUAUGCGGAGUUUGUUUUCCUGGGGCUCUUUUUGGCAGAGAUGUUCUUAAAGAUGUACGGCCUGGGUUUCCGGCUCUAUUUCCACUCCUCCUUCAACUGCUUCGACUGCGGAGUGAUAGUUGGCAGCAUCUUUGAGGUGGUGUGGGGCUUCUUCCGGCCUGGCAUGUCCUUUGGCAUCAGCGUCCUGAGGGCACUGAGACUCCUGAGGAUCUUUAAGAUCACCAAGUACUGGGCAUCUCUUAGGAACCUGGUUGUGUCUCUAAUGAGUUCCAUGAAGUCCAUCAUCAGUCUGCUCUUCCUUAUCUUCCUCUUCAUUGUCGUCUUCGCCCUGCUGGGCAUGCAGCUCUUUGGGGGCAGGUUCAUCUUUGAAGAUUACACUCCUGCCAACUUUGACACGUUUCCAGCUGCCAUCAUGACAGUGUUCCAGAUUCUGACUGGUGAGGACUGGAAUGAGGUGAUGUACAAUGGCAUCCGCUCCCAAGGAGGAGUGCAGUACGGCAUGUGGUCCUCCAUAUACUUCAUAGUGCUCACCCUGUUUGGGAACUAUACACUACUCAAUGUCUUCUUGGCCAUCGCUGUGGAUAACCUUGCCAACGCACAGGAACUCACCAAGGACGAAGAGGAGGAAGAGGAGUUUUUCAAUGCAAGAUACGCCAGAGGCAGAGAUGGCCCGAUGUCUGAGAGGAGGAGGAGGCCCUAUCUCCGCAGGAAGAAGGCCAUUCACAGGGGCCGUAUGGCCGUCCCCGAAGAGGAGGAGGAGAGCGACGCCCCGGGCGGAGCUGACCAGCCCCCCAAUGGGGCCAACGCCUUCUCCAACCGCCGUGACAGACGGAGGAGGGAGGGAGGAGGAGGAGGAAGAGGCGGAAGAUCCGUGUGGGAGCAGAGGGCCAACCAGUUACGCAAGCGGCGCCAGAUGGAGAGCCAGGAGGUGCUGUUCGGAGGCAGCCCCACCGAGGACACCACUGACAACCCUACCACCGCCUACCGUGCACCCACCCGUUCCCCAGACACCAGUCCCGGACACCUGCCCGAGUCGCCCAUGUCCGGGAUCAUGCCCAUGCCUGAACCCCCGAUGUCCAUCGCCAUCCAGCUGCCGGAACCUCCAGACUCUGAGCCUAGGCCUCUGUUUACAUUGGUUGAGGAGAGAGCAGUGCACCAUCGACCCGCCGGUGGGGACAGGAGGCACAGGGUGGCCCGGAAGUUCAGACCUGGCCUUGGGGGGGCGGAGGAGGGAGGGGUGGCUCGGCAUAGGAGGCACCGUCAUCGUGAGGCCCGGGCUGAGGCCAAGAGCAGAGAGUCCCCACAUGAGGAGGUCAGAGAAUCAGGCAGCAGAGAGAGGAAGAUACUAGAAGAGAGGGAGGAGAAAGAAGAAAAAGAGGAGAAGACGGACAAAGAAGAGGUCGCUGAGGUGGAGGGAGGAGUGUCGGGCCAGGAAGAAGGAGCCAGCAUUGUCAACUUAGAGAGUGAAGAAGAGCAUCUGAGAGUGUGUAUUGCAGACAUCCCUGAGCCUCCCCUAUGUGAUGACUUCCCUGAGUCCCUACCCCCAACCCUGUUGGACCCUCCACCCCAGAUGGAGGAGGGUGAGGUGGGGGAAACUGGGCAGUGUGAGCCCCUGUCUCAGGACCCUCCAUUGGAGCCAGCCCCAGAACAGUUCACAGACCCCCCAGAGCUCCAGGCAGCAUCCGGGGUCAAUGAUUCAGAGAACAACCCAGCCUCCCUGAACCGUGAGGAGGGUGAGGAGCCAGGCCAAGUCCUAGACAGUCAGACUAGUGUGAUCAUAGAGAUGUCUGGAGAACAGCCACUGCUGGAGAUCAUCCCUAUGACAGCUUUACACAGCAACAAAGAGAUGGAGGUGUACCAGCCUGAAAGGAAGGAGGAGAAGGAGGCGCAGGAGGAGAAGGAGGCGCAGGAGGAGGCCAGCCCGCCCAAACCUGUACCUCCUGACAGCAUGUUCCUCUUCAAGGCCUCCAAUCCGAUCAGAAGGAUCUGUCACUAUAUGGUGACCAUGCGCUACUUUGAGAUGACCAUCUUGCUGGUGAUCGUGGCUAGCAGCAUCGCUCUGGCUGCUGAAGACCCUGUGUGCACCAACUCUGACAGAAACAGGGUUCUCCGUUACUUUGAUUACGUCUUUACUGGAGUCUUCACUUUUGAAAUGAUCAUAAAGAUGAUUGACCUGGGCCUGCUUCUGCAUGACGGCUCCUACUUCCGUGACCUGUGGAACAUUCUGGACUUCAUCGUGGUGGUGGGAGCUCUGUUCGCCUUCGCUCUGACGAAUGUGAUUGGGAACAACAAAGGCAGAGACAUCAAGACCAUCAAGUCCCUCAGGGUCCUGAGAGUCCUACGACCUCUGAAGACCAUCAAGAGACUCCCCAAACUCAAGGCAGUGUUUGACUGUGUGGUGACGUCCCUGAAGAACGUCUUCAACAUCCUCAUCGUCUACAAGCUCUUCAUGUUCAUCUUCGCUGUCAUCGCCGUGCAGCUCUUCAAGGGAAAGUUCUUCUAUUGCACAGACAGCUCCAUGGACACAGAGAAGGAGUGCCAAGGUUACUACAUAGACUACGCUCGAGACAAGAAGGAAGUGAAGAAGAGGGAGUGGAAGAGACAUGAGUUCCACUAUGACAAUGUCUGCUGGGCUCUGCUCACCCUCUUCACUGUUUCCACUGGAGAGGGCUGGCCGCAGGUCCUGCAGCAUUCUGUGGAUGUGACAGAGGAGGACAGGGGUCCAAGUCGGGGCAACAGGAUGGAGAUGUCCAUCUUCUACGUCGUCUACUUCGUGGUCUUCCCUUUCUUCUUUGUCAAUAUUUUCGUUGCUCUCAUCAUCAUCACCUUCCAGGAGCAAGGGGAUAAGAUGAUGGAGGAGUGCAGCUUAGAGAAAAAUGAGAGGGCAUGCAUUGACUUUACCAUCAGUGCCAAGCCCCUGACCUGCUACAUGCCUCAGAACAGACAGACUUUCCAGUACAGGCUGUGGCACUUUGUGGUGUCACCGUCAUUUGAGUACACAGUGCUGGUCAUGAUUGCCCUCAACACUGUGGUGCUCAUGAUGAAGUACAACUCCGCUCCAGCAGCGUAUGAUACAGUAUUGAAGCACCUGAACACAGCCUUCACCGUUCUCUUCUCCCUGGAGUGUAUCCUCAAGAUCAUGGCCUUUGGUUUUGUGAAUUAUUUUCGAGACACUUGGAACAUUUUUGAUUUCAUCACCGUGCUCGGGAGCAUCACUGAGAUCAUUGUGGACUUACAGUCAAUAAACACGUUCAAUAUGAGUUUCCUGAAGCUGUUCCGGGCUGCCAGGCUGAUCAAGCUGUUGAGGCAGGGCUACACCAUACGAAUCCUGCUCUGGACCUUCGUACAAUCCUUUAAGGCCCUUCCUUAUGUGUGUCUGCUCAUCGCAAUGCUGUUCUUCAUCUAUGCCAUCAUUGGGAUGCAGGUGUUUGGAAACAUCAAACUGAACGACGAAAACCACAUAAACCAGCACAACAACUUCAAGACCUUCUCUGGUGCGCUGAUGCUUCUCUUCAGGAGUGCGACCGGGGAGUCAUGGCAGGAGAUCAUGCUAUCGUGUCUGGGGGGGCAGGAGUGUGAGCCAGACUCCUCCAUGGCACCCAUGACCAUGUCCCCUGACCACGAGGGUGGCUGUGGUACUGACUUCGCCUACUGCUACUUUGUCUCCUUCAUCUUCUUCAGCUCCUUCCUGAUGCUGAAUCUGUUUGUGGCUGUGAUCAUGGAUAACUUUGAGUACCUGACCAGAGACUCUUCCAUCCUGGGACCUCAUCACCUGGAUGAGUUUGUCCGUGUCUGGGGAGAGUACGACCGCGUAGCAUGUGGGCGUAUACACUACACUGCCAUGUAUGAGAUGUUGACCCACAUGUCUCCACCCCUUGGUCUGGGGAAGAAAUGCCCCAGAGGUAUGGCCUACAAGAGGCUGGUGUUGAUGAACAUGCCAGUGGAUGAGGACAUGUCAGUCCACUUCACCUCCACCUUGAUGUCUCUCAUCCGCACCGCUCUGGAGAUCAAGAUCGCACGAGGUGGGGAGGACCGAGUAGCUCUGGACACUGAGCUACAGAAGGAGAUCAGUGUGAUAUGGCCGUACCUCCCCCAGAAGACCCUGGAUGUACUGGUGCCCAUCAACAAAGAUUCCGACAUGACAGUAGGUAAGAUAUAUGCCUCCAUGAUGAUCAUGGACUACUUCAAACAGAACAAAGCCAAGAAGCUGAGAGCACAGCUGGAAGCACAGAAGGCCAGCCUGAUGCCGUUCAAGAGGCUGGAUGCCUCGACUCUCUCUGAAGACAUUCUGUACAAUGCCCAUCCCCUGCCCUGCAUGUCCCUCAGUGCCGGCUCCGCCCUGACCAGAGGAGGCCUGGUGGCAUUGAGUCCUCUCUCCCAGGACCUGUUCGCCAUGCAGCCCAUGACCUCUGACCAGGACACCAGCAGUCAACACUCCAGGGUGAGUGCAGGGGAGUUCAGUGGGUUGAUUCCUGACUCACUGGCGCUCCCGUUUGGCAAGGGGCUGUGUGUACGGGCCUCCUCUAUGCCCCGUCUGGCUGUAGAGCCACAGACGGAGAUGGCCAGUGGCUCCAUUAAGCGGUCCUCGUCUACUGUGGCUGACCAGAGGGUUAAUGGACUGUGGCAGGAGGAGAAGAAGAGUCCUGAUAGACUGUACAGACCACGCCACAAGAGCUACAAGGCUGCCGUCUCCCGGUCAGAAAGAAAGAGGCAGUUGGACACGGAGAAGGAGCGCGGGAGGUCCAAAGAGCGCCGCCACCUCCUCUCCCCAGACACAUCCCGCUGUAACUCUGAGGAGAGGAGUCUGCAGCCCUCAUGCUCCCCUAGCCGAGAGCGCACACACCCCCUGGACAAACAGGGUAACAGCUCCGACAGUCCCAUCCCCACCUCUGAAUCUAGUACCCCUAGUCGCCGCCCCCUGUCCCAGACCCCAACUCGCUCCCAUCCCCACAUCUCCUACUCCCCUCUGGUGUGUCGCACACACCCUCCCUCCGGGGACGAUGAUGACGACAGGUGCAGCCCAGAGACCCAGAGGCGGGGGGAGGCCUCCAGAGAGGCAGGGGGAGAGGGACAGACCGGGCCAAGGGGUCGUCGCCACCACCACCAGCAGGGCUCCCCUCUGCGUCGCUACCCGUCGGAGCCCUAUCUCACCCUGCAGGAGGACGAGCACAGUCCGGACCCCUCCGGGUUCAUGGAGACACUGACCUUCGAAGCGGCGGUGGCCACUAGCCUGGGACGCGCUAACACAGUCAGCUCCACCUCCAGCUCUAGCUUCAGCUCAGCCCGACGGGGCUCCAGGAGCGGCUGGCAGAUCCCCAAUGGACACUUCCGGAAACGCCUGGCUCAGACCGUCUCUGUUGCAGGCUGUGAGCCACUCAGCGACACAGAGGAGGACGACCGCUGCUAG